GGUGGAGGGCGGAGGAGAUAGGUAGCACGCUUGCGCGGCUGUCACAGGGCUGCUUGGUUGGUCAGUGGGGAGUCGGCGCCUGCGUACUAAGACCCGUGUGCAGCAGCAGCGGCGGCGGCGGUAGAGGCGGCGGCGGCGGCGGCGGCGGCAGCGGGCUCGGAGGCAGCGGUUGGGCUCGCGGCGAGCGGACGGGGUCGAGUCAGUGCGUUCGCGCGAGUUGGAAUCGAAGCCUCUUAAAAUGGCAGAUGAUUUGGACUUCGAGACAGGAGAUGCAGGGGCCUCAGCCACCUUCCCGAUGCAGUGCUCAGCGUUACGUAAGAAUGGCUUUGUGGUGCUCAAAGGCCGGCCAUGUAAGAUUGUGGAGAUGUCUACCUCCAAGACUGGCAAGCACGGCCACGCCAAGGUUAGAAUUUCACUUCCACAUUUUGCCUUUCCCACAAGCUGUCAUCCGUGCUGGCCCUCUACCUUCUUUAGCUCUUUUAUUACUGUCCAGUUCCUGAGCUCAGCCCUUAGCCUGGAACACCUUUCAACUGCCACACCAGCAUUCAGCUUUUUCCUUGGUUACUCUCCUGUGGCCUGUCAUCCUCGAAAUCCCUCCUCUUCUCCAUCGAUGUGUGAAUCUCCCAGCUUUUCUUCGAGCUCCUUUAUGUAUGCUCUGGCUAUUCAGGUGCUCCGUCCUUGUUUUCCUGAUUCCCUUUUUCUCCUUUGAGACCUUGUAGGAACUCUGUUUCCAUUGCUUUGCCCAGGAUUUCUCUCUGCAGUCCUAACAACGCACCCUUCCCCUGGAGGGGCUCCGGUGUACCUCUGAGCUUCUGAAUUGCUGCUCCCUCUGCUGGAGCCACCUCCUGCUUCUUUGGGUCCUGAUAUUCUUUCUGCUUUUCUUGUAACUUUGUACUUUUUUUUUUUUUUCUCAGAAGUUGAACCUGGCCCAUCCAUUCCUCGUGGUUUGUUCCCUAAAUAGGUUUUUCCAACUUCUGUUGCCCUGGCAUUUGUUCAUCCUGGGUCAUCCCCUAAUGCUUCCAUCAUGCCUCUGUACUUACUGUUCUUUCAGGUUUCCUUGUUUCCUAAAUGCGUGGUCCUUUCUGGUGUCCCCCAAGUCCUUUUUCUUUUUGACUCUUCCUUUCUCAUUCCUUCCUGUUUUCUGAACUUUUUUUCCUUCUACUUUGCUUAUUUUGCAAGUCCUCAGCCUUUUAUGUUGAUGUCCAAAAAACCUCUUCUAACUUUUACCUGGAUUCCUCCUGCUUCCCAAGGACCUUGGCCUCAUUCAUGUUUUGAUAGCUUGAGGUAACUGACUGCUCCAGGCCUGCCCUAAAACCUUCCCUUGUGCUGUCAAUUCCAGUCAUGGUGGUCUUUGGCCUUCAGCUCUUUUUAGGGGCUUUAGUGUUUCUUUUUUGAAUUAAUUGGUUCCAUUGCCAACUUCCCUAAUCUUUGCCCUGACAACUCAGUCUGACUUCCCUUACCAGCCAGGGAAACUUUGAUGAGCCUUUAUCUUCUCCAUCCUAGAGUCUGGUUGGGUUUCUCUCUGAUGUGAUGCAUACACACAGGUCCAUCUGGUUGGUAUUGACAUCUUUACUGGGAAGAAAUAUGAAGAUAUCUGCCCGUCAACUCAUAAUAUGGAUGUCCCCAACAUCAAAAGGAAUGAUUUCCAGCUGAUUGGCAUCCAGGAUGGGUAUCUAUCGCUGCUCCAAGACAGCGGGGAGGUGCGAGAGGACCUUCGUCUGCCUGAGGGAGACCUCGGCAAGGAGAUUGAGCAGAAGUACGACUGUGGAGAAGAGAUCCUGGUAUGGUGCCCCCCUUUGUUUUGUGCCCAGCUCUGUUCCUCCGUGCUGCUUCCCAAGCUCAGACUUGUGACCGUCCCCCCUGCUCCCUCAGAUCACGGUGCUGUCUGCCAUGACAGAGGAGGCAGCUGUUGCAAUCAAGGCCAUGGCAAAAUAACUGGCUCCCAGGGUGGCUGUGGUGGCAGCAGUGAUCCUUCAGCCUGCAGAGGCCCUUUCCCCCAGCCUGGCCCAGCUCUGGCUUGGCCCUUGGCUGGACUCCUACAUGACUUAUUUGACGUUUUAUUUUGGUUUCCCUACCCCCUCAAUCUGUCGGGGAGCCCCUGCCCUUCACCCUGCUCCCUUGGCCAGGAGUGAGCGAACCAUGGCCUUGGCGAAGCUGCCCUCCUCCUCUCCCCUCACACUACAGCCCUGGUGGGGGAGAGGGGGUGGGUGCUGCUUGUGGUUUAGUUUUUCUUUCUUCCUUUUUUUUUUUUUUUUUUUUUUUUUAAUUCAACCUGGAAUCAGAAAGCUGUGGAUUCUGGCAAAUGGUCCUUGUGCCCUUCCCACACUCGUCCCUGGUCUGGUCCCUUACUCCCCCAUAGCCCUUUAUCCCAAGCACCACCCCAACAGACUGGGGACCAGCCCCCUCCCCUGCUGAUGUCUCUCCCCAAGUCCCUUUAGAUGGGAGGGAAGAGGAGGAGAGGGGAGGGGACCUGCCCCCUCCUCAGGCAUCUGGGAGGGCCCUGCCCCCCAUGGGCUUCACCCUUUCCUGCGGGCUCUCUCCCCGACACAUUUGUUAAAAAUCAAACCUGAAUAAAACUACAAGUUUAAUAUGAAGCCCCCAA